AUGGCGAUUUCUGUUCACAUGGAAGGGUCAACAGCAUCUCCUUGGGACGGAGAACCAGAACUCAAGCCAGAGCUAUCACCAACAUACAUCAAGCUGAUCGUUGGCCCUCAGAGACAAGUAUUCGAGUUCCAAGAAGAUCUCAUUUGCAACAAAUGUCCAUUCUUCUACAACGCCUUUUGCGGCAACUUCCUAGAAGCAAAGACUAAACAGCUCGAGCUCCCCGACGACGACCCAGAGCGCUUCCAGGAACUCGACUCAUGGCUCCAGCAGGACGUGAUAGACGACACGCAAAGCUGGCUGGCGCUGAGCAGGACCUGGCUCUUCGCGGACAAGUACCAUAUCGACGAGCUGCAGAAUGCCAUAGUUGAUGCCUUGUAUCGAAAGUACACAGCACAUAACACAGGCAUCAACAUCGCCUUCGAAACGUUAGACUACAUCGCCGAGCACACCUACAAACGCUCGCCCUUACGCCUCCUGUUCGCCGACAUGCUCGUCAACGGCACCUCGCUCCAACAAAUCCCCGACCGCGCUGACAACAUCCCGCACGAAUUCAUGCAGGAGAUGUGGCUCUCCCUCAAAUCCUACAUCGCCCGCAACGGACCGGCCAACACCUCCCUCCUCACCAACCCAAUCCACUCUUACUACGUCUCCAGCGCCGCAGCCAAAGCGACCGCCAUGCCCAAACCCGUCGACCCCGCCGACGCCCCAACGGACAUCUUCUGCCAAAGCUGGCGGUGCGAAGACUCGCUUCCGAUCCGCGACACACUAUACAUGUGCACCAACCACAACGUCACGCUCUGCCGGCGAUGUCGGGACUCGCACCGCGGGCAUCGGAAGAAGAUGAUGACGCUGACCACCGCUCCGUACCGCGACGCCGCGACGGGGGAGAUGACGAUCAUCGACGCCCAGAUCAACGACAGCGGUUUCUACUGCGACGGCCCGAAGUGCGAUACCCGAGAAUUCGAGCUCGGUCUGCCGGACUAUGCGCUCAUGUCGGGGGAUCGGUCGUCGUUUGCGCGGAAGACGUGGAAGACGGAGUGUGUUAGCAUUCCGGAGAAGCAGCGGAGGUUGGCGGCGAAGCUUUGCUUGAGGUGUGCGGGAGACGACCAUCUGACGGACGCUUGUGAGGCGAAGGAAGCUGUCUUGGAUGCUGAAGUCGAGGUGGAAGAGUAG